AUGCUCAAGUUUGUGGUGUUGACUUACCUGUUGGCAGCCGCGUCGGCUGGGGUUAUCGCGCCGCUUGUAUAUUCCGCACCUGGUCACACCACCCUCGGAUACGCUUCACCUCUUCUGGAACCUUACAACUACCGCGGACCUCUGUCACUAGCCCCGGGCCAGCCGGCCAACAUCCUCGGAUCCGAUGGCAGGCCUUUGGACACCCUGGACGUCAAUCUGGACCGCUCUGCGCACAUCACGGCCAAGGCCCUCAGCAACGGCUUCCAUCUCCUGAAGAAGCGCUCCAUCCUUGUACCUGUGGUUGGCCCCAUAAACCGCGUUGCCACUCCGCUGAAUCCACACUCCGUGCCCUUCGCCUACCGAUAUGCAACUCAAUUUACCCCAAUCUCAUAUGUCCCCUUCGCCUUGAACCACGUCUUC